UGCAUCUCCCCCGUUCGGCGUCCAGUCGGGAGAAACAAAUCGGAGAAACCGGUUGCGUGGUUCCGCGUCUCUAAAAAAAUCGCAGAAAACCCCAAAGAACCCCUACAAAAACGCCAAAACAAACCACUGCCACGAGAACAAUCCCCCAAAUCCCAAGAUCAUCCCCUCCAUAUUGAUAAUUAUCCCUGAAAUCCCGAUAACAACAAUUAUCCCCAGACCACCAGACGCUGAAAUUCUCAAACCUGUUCAGACCCGUUCCUCAACAGAACACCAUAAAACAAACGAAAACACGAUAUUAGAAGAAAAAUCCCAGAGAACUAUUCCACCAAGGAAAAAUGUCAGGAAUGAGUGGAACAAUUCUCACUAGUAAAAUAAAUUCGUCAUGUGUAUCCUCAAAUGGAUAUUACGGUUAUGUUCCUCCAAUCAGUGAUUUUACCCAGAGUCCGGGUAAAAUUUAUCAUCCACGGGGUGAAAAUUCCAGUGGUGUUUGUGUUGACGUACAUCGGAAUCCUGGGAAUGCACUGGAGGGAUAUCAGGAUCAGGAUUAUUACACGGAUACCGUGGGCAUGGAAAUGGACACUGAUGAGAAUUGUAGUGGUAUGGGCAUGUGCCGAAAUAACCAUUACGUGAUUCCAGAGAUGGUGGAUGGCGGGAAGGAGAGCAUGGAUGGAUUUGGUGCCAUGGGUUUUUGCAGAAAUACCAGUCGAAAACGCCAUUGGACGGAUCGAGUUAUCGCUGGGCGUGAAGAAAAUGGCAAAAGAUUCAAAACAGGCGGUGGUAACAGCCGCGUUGAGCAUGAUGCCAGAUGCUCCCGAGAGCCUAGAUCAUCACAGGUGCACGAUGACUCGUCAUCACUAUAUUUAACUCACCAGAAAGUUGCUCUGACCUGGCACUCGAAAUUGACGAGCGAUAGCUGCAAACAGACGGCAGGUAAACCUCAUAAUUAUCGUUUCAUCACCGAAACAAUAAAUUAUGAGAAACCAAAGGACAGAUUUACCUAUGGCCAUGAGUACGAGACAAUGCUCAUGGAGACCCACGGUUGCUCUGUCUAUCAUCACCAGCGUCAGCUCGAUUUUGAUAAUGGUAUCAUUGAGACUGAAUUCUGAUUGUCUCGUUCAUUAGAAUAAGUUUCUUUAAUUACCUGCGUGCUGCAAGGCAUUUAUCGUUGAAUAUAUCAAUAUUGUACCU